GGAGGUUGGGCCGGGAAUGGGCGGGGCCGGGGCGGAGGCGGGGCCAAGGCUGCAUACUUGACUGUGCGCUCUAGGGGACCCCACUCCCGACAGGGCCACUUCCCCUGAGCCGCCGCAGGACGGAAAGCGGCAUGAGGUGUCCUCUGGGCGCCGCCGGCUCCGGCCACAGCCCCGCCUGGAGAAGGAUGCUUCUAACAGGCAGCCUGCUCGCAUUCUUCGCCUCCUCGGAGCUGCCCUCCUCUGCGUUUCUGGACCCCUUGACCGAAGGAGCCGAUGCCCACCUGCCAGUCCCCAGAAGCCUCGAUGGCGUUCUCUCCACUUCUUGGUUCCGAGGGCACAAGGCCCAGCCAGAAGCCAUGAUCUUCUCCCCUGAGGGCCUCCCAGGGCCCGGCCACACUGGCCGGGAGACGCUGGAUACCCAAGGCAGCCUGGUCAUCAGAAAUGUGACAACUCAAGAUGCAGGCAGCUACACCGUGGUGCUGGAAACCAGCAGGGGACGCAGGAGUGUGACGGAGCAGAUACAGGUCAAUGGCGAGCGGGGCCCCAUGGCGGGAGGGACCCCGUUCUCAGUCAGCAGGGCCCAUCGGGACCCAUUCUGUCACCAAUCCUCCCUAGCAAACCACCCCACGGGUCGGGGAGGGACUGGGACAGGAGAGCGGGGACGAAGCUGGGGUGGAGACCCGGAAGAUGUGGAGGAGGUGGAAUGGUGGGAGUGGGGGGUAUGGAGGGAGGGUGUCUCCUCCAGUCUCUCCCCUUCUUGGUUCCCAGAAGCCGUCGUGGAUCCCACAGACCCUGUGCCCAGCAAGCCGAAGCCUACCCUCUCCCUGUCAGGAAGCUCUGCCUUUGCCCUCACCGUGGCCGCGCCUGUGAUACUGGUGGGAAGCACGGUCUUUACCAUAAUCUGGAAGCUAAGCUACCUGCCUUCCCUCCUUCCCAUCCACUCAGCCCCCACAAGGUGCAGAGCUCACUCCGCAAGCAAGACUGAAGCCAAACCAACUGCCUCAUCCCAAGGAGCUUAAAGCUUAUUCGGAGAGGAUGACAUGGAGCCCUGAUGUGCCCAUCCAACUCGUCAGUUCCCAAAGUGGCCCCAGGGGAGCAAAGAGACAGGAGAGUGUUCUGGAGGCGGGUUCAAAUCUCAGCUCCGUCACUUACCCACGGUGAGGCCAUGGCAAGUCACUCUCCCUCUCUGUGCCUCAG